AUGUCUAAUACACUUAUCGAAACAACUAAAACAAAUGGAAAUACAAUUUCUGAUUCUAACAACAAAAUUAAUUCUUUCCCUAAUUUAAAUGAACUUCGAAAUGCAAUCCCAGCAGAGUGUUUUGAAAAAUCUCUAAUUCGUUCACUUUCUUAUUUAAUUUUGGAUUUUUUAAUUAUUUAUGGACUUUAUUUAAUUGUUGGGGUUGCUGAGGACAAGUUUGGGAUUAUUGGACUUUUGCUUUGGUAUUGGGUAUUAGGUAUGUUUUUAUUCUCUAUAUUCGUUGUUGGUCACGAUUGUGGGCACGGAACUUUUUCUUCUUAUACUUGGGUGAAUGAUUUGUUUGGGCACGUGGCACAUGCUCCUACUAUGGAUAUGAGCCAUCCUUGGAUACCCGAAAAGCUUUAUUUAUCUUUAAAUUGGAUAUCCAAACAUUAUCUCAAAUUUCCGUUGACUGGGUUUGUCAGUUGGAUUCCAUUAUAUACAAUAUUUGGUAUUCCCGAUGGUUCUCAUUUUUGGCCGUGGUCUAAAUUAUUUGAAAAUAAUACUGAUAGAAUUAAAUGUGUUGUUAGUGUUGCUGCUUGUUUUCUAUGUGCCUAUAUAGCUUUAUAUUGUUCAAAUUAUAAUUUAUGGAUAUUUUUUAAAUAUUAUUAUGUUCCGGUUAUGUUCCAAGUUUUGUGUUUCAUAUUUAUUUAA